AUGCGACGUGACGUGUGCCACAGCCGCACUUCGGUUGAAUUCGGUACGUACUUUCACUGCUACACCACGGCUAUCAUGGCGCCCGCAAUCGCUCUACACCACGGCCUUCGCCUGUGCUCGAAAACGACACCCGCGACAAGACUCUCCCCCGCCCCGAGCCCCGCAUCUCUCCGCGUCCGCGCAAACCUCCCCCCACGCGAUGUCCGUGCAAGCGCAACCCCACGCGUCGUCUCGAAUGCACUCACGGCGAUUGAGGCGCCCGCUAGCGCUCCGCCUGCAGCGGGAACUGCGGCGGCGAUUAACUCCGUGGUGCAGAAGAUAGAAACUAUGGGGCUAACGGAUACUAGCCUCGUCUCGACCAAUGAGCACAGAGCCUGGGUGGCGUCUGCGUGUGUGGCCCUCGCUGCAUUGUUCGCUCGCGGCGUGGUUACCAUUGUCGAUGAUGCUAGUGUUGCAGCCGUGCUGGGUGCAGUUGCAGCGGCUGCUGGGGCCUAUUUACUUGCUGAUUUCGGAACUGGUGUGUAUCACUUUGGAGUGGAUAACUACGGCGACGGUUCGACGCCGAUUUUCGGGCCGCAAAUCGACGCGUUUCAGGGUCACCACAAGCGGCCGUGGACGAUCACCAAGCGACAAUUCGCGAACAAUCUGCACGCGCUCGCGAAGCCUAUUCUUUUCUCCACGCUCCCAUUCAUUUUCUUGCUCCCGCAUUCGGCCGAGCAAGAUAUAUUCUUUAGCGUCUUCCUCGCUUCCGUUAUGUUCAGCCAGCUUUUCCACGCUUGGUCGCACACGCCCCGCGUCCUCCUCCCUCCAAUCGUCCCCAUUCUCCAAGACGCCGGCCUCUUAGUUUCCAGAAAGAUGCACGGCGCGCACCACCGUCCUCCUUAUAACGCAAAUUACUGCAUUGUUAGUGGAGCAUGCAACCCUCUUCUCGACUCUAUUGGUUUCUUUUCUGGCCUGGAAAAGAUUAUAUUUCAAUGGACAGGGGUUCCUUCCAGGUCCUGGAGUGAGACUGCACCCGAGUGGCUGGAAGAGGGUGGAUACUAUGAGGAUGGAUCAGAUGAGCACUCAGCCACCCCUUUCUUCCAAGGCGCUCGCCUCCCCUCCUUGAAAGCCACCACACGCGCCGCCGCAUCUCCCGCCGCGAAAUCCGGCGCCGUGGAGGUCCGGGCAGGGGAGAUCAUCGAGGUGGAGCUGGAGCGGCCGUACGGCCUCAAAUUCUACCGCGGCGAGGACGGCGCGAUCUACAUCGACGCGCUGUAUCCCGGGCAAUCGGGCAUUCUGAGCAAGCAGAUCGAAGAGGGCGACAAGGUGCUGGCGACGAGCGCGGUUUUCGGCAAUGAGAUGUGGCCCGCUGCGGAGUACAGCCGCGUCAUGUACACCGUCAGGCAGCGCGUCGGCACGCUCCUGGUCCGCAUCGAGAAGAUGGGAGGGCAAAAGAUUGGUCCGUGGAAGAAGGACAAGUACCUGGAGGAGCGUGCGGCCGGCAACUACGGCGACGCCAUCCGCGAGAAGCAGAUGGAGAAUGCGGCGCUCCGGCAAGAGCAGGCCGAAGAGCGCGUCGCCGCUCUCGAGAAAGGUCUCCAGCUCUACAAGGCGGGCAAGUACGAGGAGGCGAUGCAGAAGUUUCAGACGAUCAUCGGGCUGGUGCCGUCGUACCGCGAAGAGGCCGUGGCGUUCUACAACAUCGCGUGCUGCUGCUCCAAGCUCAAGAAGGUUGAGGGCGGCCUGCAGGCUCUAGAGGCGGCGAUGGAGGCUGGCUUCGAUGACUACAAGAAAAUCCGUCAAGACCCUGACCUGUCGUUCCUAAGAGACGAUGACGAGUUUGAUGAGCUCAUGGACAGGUACGAUGAGCCAAUCAUCAACGAGAAUGCCAUCAAGGCACUCACCAGUGUGUUCGGGCUCUUUGGCAAGAAAUAG